AUGAAAAUGAUUUUAUUAGUUUUUGUUCUUUUCUUUGUAGGAUUACAAGCUGUCGACUACGACGACGAAUAUGCUGAUGAUGAAUUUUUAGAGUUGGACGAAAAUUUUGACGAGGACUACGCAGACUACGAUGAAGAAGAGGACUUUGAUGAAGACGAUGAAUAUGAGGAUGACGAAGAUGACGCCGACGACUUUGAACUUGAAGAAGACGGGGAAGAUGAUAUGGAAGCGUUUGAUGAGGAGAUGGACGACGACGAGGACUUAUUGGAUGAGGACGACGAUUGUCCAUGUAACAAGUAUUGA